UAUGAGAAUGCCAUCUUGUUUAGUUACAAAGCCAAUUAUAAAAGAACAGCCAUUUUUGUGAUUUUAUUGCUCGCUAUAGAGGAAUAAGGGGAUCUUUUAUGUGGAUGAAGAUAUAAUAAUAUGGAAUAAUAGUGUUAUAGAAUUUUGGUGAAUUAAACAAACAAAUCGUAAAAAGUUCUCGGGAGACAAAAUUCAAAUGUGUAAAAAAGCUGACACAUAGCGGAGAAAUCUAAAGCAGCGAAAGAACCUUGAAAAAUUUUAUAUUUUGCAAACGUUGUGAGAUCACAUUGUAAAUAUUGAUCGCGUUUUAAAAUCCUGCAAUCCAUAGAAAUGGCAAAUAAUUCUUCGUUAAGCAAAGUUCUUGUAACCAACUCAACAGGUUUAUCAUUAAAUGAACGCUUCACAGCGAUAUCCUCACAAUCAGCACAUGCCCAGGCAACUCAACAGCGGCGUAGUCGCAGUCGAAGCCGUAGUAUUAAUCGCACCUUGUCUUCUAUUGAUCGGACAACGUCGGCAGCCAACCAACGCUUGUUACAACAAUUGCAAAGAAAACAUAAAUCGCAAGCGGCUCUCAAAUUGAAACGUAGGAGCAUGCGUAACGUCGGUGGAUCAUUUGGGCCAAACGGAGACGGUGGUACUAUUAAACGUGGCACUGUUAAAGCGUUCCGCGUGGGUGCGAACGGCAAACCGAUAAGGACAAAUAGCCUUACCAAUGUUGCAACUAUGAAAGCUGACCGUGAAGUAUCUAUUGGCCGGAGAUCCUUGCAUCGCAUCAACUCAUCUUCAAACUUAGCUGGACGUCUCGGACCAUUCGGACCUAGACGUCCCACUGUUGGGGGUGCUGCCCAGCGUGUGGCUAGACGUCGUUUGGAACGAGAAAAUGGCAGAUCUACUGCCACUAAUAAUUUUACCGCUUUUAAUAGCCGUUCGCGCAGCCGCUCUCGUACACGGGCCUUUAACAAAUUGACCGCUAACGUCAACCCUCACCAACAAAGUCGUGACCGCAAUAUUUCAGCAAGUCAUAAACGUAGUCGUUCUCGCAGCCUUAACCGUACAAGGAGUGGAGGGAUACCCAUUAAAGCUCGCCUUGGAACACGUUCUGGCAUCGCACAGAUUUCUAACAACAGUGGGAAUCGACGUCGGAACUACGAUAGACGUAGUAAUAGUUUAAGCAAACCUAGAGUCGUUGCUGGGCGCGUACAAAAACGACAUAACGUUACACAAGAAAAUGUGGUCAAAGCUGUUCGAAGUCGUGGACGUAUUAACCAUAUUAGAGAAAGGUCGGUCACCCUCAAUGCUGGUGUUAGAAACAACGGGGGUCUUAGAUCACGUUCUCGCUCCAAUACACGUAAGGUAGGUCAGUCGUACAGACCACCGAGGUCGGGACGAAAAGAUGCAAACCGUCCACAGCAACAAAUAGAGCAAAGUAAUCUCCGCCGACGCAGUCGUAGCCAGCAACGUCGCCCCGGUACUAUCAGCAACAAUAAAUCCAGAGGGCAAAUGCAAAACCAACAGCAACAGCAACGUCGCCUUCGUAGUCGUAGCCGUAACGGAAACCGCGGUAAAAUAAACCAAGGUGGGAUCAUCAACAAAGCUGAUUUAGAUAAGGAGCUCGAUCAAUACAUGGCCACCACUAGGACUGAGAAUGAUAUGGACUUUUUAUUAAAAAAUUGAUGGAGUUGAUUCAAUUUCUCUUUUUAUAUCUCUUAUUCAUUUUAUUGUGCCCUACGUGUAAUUUCCAGUUUCUUGAUUUUUACCCGUAAUUGUACACAUAAUGAAUAUUAUAUUUUAAGUUUUAUUUUCGUUACUUUGUAAAUAAUUUACAUCUCUAUAAUCUCUGAGUUCGUUUUUGGAGCUAUAAUUGACAUAUAGAUGAACACUGUAAUAUAAACUUGUUUUUAUUCCUAUUGUCAAAUAAAGGGUAAAUUCAUGGAUUGCUAAAGGGUUAAAUUAUAUACAUUUUGAGUAUGAUAGUCCAUUGAUGAAAUUGUCAGCGUUUUUCUUUUCUUAUCUGUUUAAUUUUUAUUUAUGAAACAAUAAAAAUUACAAA